GUAAACAAUAACAAUGGCCUCUGGUUCCCCGUCGUCCUCCCCGGACACUGCGACGGGCUCCGGCACGGAUCCAGCCAGACCCGAUACUGGGGAGCCUCUUGGUGGAGCAGGUUCGGACUCUGAUUCGGACUUGGGUUUGAGUAAGUUCGACUGUAGUGCAAUGGAGAUGGGGGACCAGUUGGAUGGAGAGGAGCUGGAGCUGGAGUUUGAGUCCGCAGCCGAUCGUGUGAAGGAUCUGAUACAAACAGCCAGCCGGGACCAGCUGCUGUACCUGUACGCCCGCUACAAACAGGUCAAAGUGGGAAAGUGCAAUACAUCAAAGCCUGGCUUCUUUGAUUUUGAAGGACAGCGGAAAUGGCAAGCCUGGAAGCAGCUCGGAGACAUGGAGCCGCAGCAAGCAAUGCAAGAAUACAUUUCCCUUGUCAACAUGUUAGAUCCCGAGGGUGCCACAAAGCAACGACGAGGAGCAGAAAGGAGAACAGGGUUCGGAGGAGCAGCAGUCAGCUCUCUAUACCAGGAGGAGAUGAUAAGGGAAGAGGACAAGAACAUCUUUGACUACUGCAGAGAAAAUAACAUCGAACACAUCAGGAAUGCCAUCAGUUCUCAGAAAGUGGAUGUCAAUAGCAAAGAUGAAGAGGGCCGGGCUCUCCUGCACUGGGCCUGUGACAGAGGACACAAGGAGCUGGUAUCUGUGUUACUGCAGCACAAAGCAGACAUCAACAGUCAGGAUAAUGAAGGACAGACUGCGCUACAUUAUGCUUCUGCCUGCGAGUUUGCUGACAUUGUAGAGCUCCUCCUCAACAGCGGAGCCGACCCGUCCAUCAAAGACAUGGAGGGCUCUCUUCCUGAGGAGGUCACUGAAUCCAGCGCCAUUUCCUCCCUCCUGCGCCAGUACACCGCUCCGAAAGGCUAGAUGAAUCCCUUCAUAGUACUAUCUAAGUCUUCUCUCGUUUCUUCUCCACUCAUUUGUCCGGCAUUCCCAUUAUUCGUCCUUGACCCUUGGAGAGACUCUCUUUAGGCUCUGCGGUUUGUAGGCCAGGAAUGCAGAUAUUUUGUUUUGUCUUUCUUUAGUUUUCAAGUUCUGAAGGUGAGUCUGACAUCAGGUUCAGCUCUUCUGGAGUUCAUCUGUGAACAUACAUGUCCCAUUUGAUAAGAUAAAAAAUAAAGGGCAUCGCAUGUAUUUUCAGUUCUUUGUUAAACUGUAUAUUGAUUGUACAGUAAAGCUGCAUAACAUGAUGGUUACUGCAAGACAGUAAAGAUCUGUUGAAAAUAAUUUUGAUGUACUAAGGAAAGUAUUCAUAUAAUACCUCUUGAUAAACAUGCAUCUAUGUGGACUGUAUGACAAAUUAAUAAACUGGAUACCAUCCUGGAAACAUU